AUGACCGCGGAGGUCUGCUCGGAGCUCUGCAGCGCGUACCAGUAUUACGGAACGCAGUACUCGACCGAGUCUCACGAAGGCGAGCUACAGUAG